ACGAUCGACGACCGCAUCGAUAACCCCCACGUUAUCUUGGUUCUGACGCUUCAUAACGCCUUCGAGGUCAAGUCCCCACGAUGUGGGUUACUCCAGGUUUCCCCGUAUCCGUUCUGGGGCUCGCAGCACAAGUCCCACUACAGUCGCACCUCAACUCCACCACCAGCAUGACAACGCCCGAAGCCGUCUUCAAGGAUAGCCCGGACGUUUUCUCGCCCAUCGAUCUCGUCCAGCUCCCUAGGCCCGGAACGGGAACUGCCAAUGAGGCCGGAGAUCUUGUGUUUGUGCCGGUGUCUCAGUACACCUUGAAAGAUAAGAAGAAUAGCAAGGCGAUCCAUAUCGCCGCCGUCGAGACUUCCAUCACUCCCAUCGUAUUCCCUCUAGCGAGCGGCGGCGAGGCGUUCUGGCUGGACAACCGUACUCUUGCUCACGCCGUCGCCGAGGGCUCCGACAAGGACAAGGUCAUCAACCUCUACGCGAUCUCUGUCAAGGUCGAGACGCCUGCCGGUCUCAGCCUCCCCGACUCUCCUCAGCACAUCGGCAAGUUUCCCACCGACUCCGCGACCAACUUCCGCUUCUCGGCCAAGGCGGGCAUUCUCGUGUUCUCGGACUACGUGCACAAGGACGGUGAGUUGAAGAAGGUGAAGGAGAACGACGAGGCUUGGGAGAACCGGGGCGAUACUGCGUUCGUCUACGACGAGACAUUCGAGCGGCAUUGGGACACCUGGGUCGGCCCGAAGAGACCGUCCCUGUUCAGCGUUCAGCUCAGCAAGGGCGCGGACGGGAAGUGGGCUCUGGGCAGCGACUUUGUGAACCUGCUGAAGGACACCAACCACCAUGCUCCUGUGGAGCCGUUCGGAGGCACCGAUGACUUUGACGUGUCCGACACUCAUGUCAUAUAUACCACCAAGGAUCCUCAGCUUCCGAAGGCCUGGCACACCAAACAAAACAUAUACAUCGUCCACAUACACGGCCUGGCAACGCCACGCGAGCUCACCUCGGGGGAACAUGGGGCGACUCACAGCCCUGUGUUCAACACGGCUGGAGACAAGGCCGCUUGGACGCAGCUGGACCGCGAUGGCCACGAGAGCGAUCGUGCGAAGCUCGUGAUCUACGACCUCAAGAAGGACGUGCAGUACACCUUGACCGAGCACUGGGACCGUUCCGUCGGUAGCAUUGCGUUUGCGCACGACGACAAGACCGUGUUCUUCACUGCCAACGACCAUGCGCGCGGCAAGAUCUUCUCCUUGCCUGUCCCCGAGACGCCGUCUCACUCCUCGAGCGACCCCGCGCUCUCUGCGGAGUUCCGUGUCCUGCACGAGAUCACGUCGACUGGUUCUGCGUCCGCGAUCCAGCCGCGCUCUGACGGCCGGCUCGUGUUCACGCGCUCGUCGCUCACGAGCCCGAACGACGUCUUCGUACUGCGCGGGCUCAACGAGAGCGGGAAGCCUGCGGUCGAGCAGCUGACGCGCUUCGCGGCGAGCGCGCUAAAGAGCAAGUCAUUGGACGAGGGCAGCGACUUCUGGUUCGAGGGCGCGGAGGGGAAGGAGGUGCACGGGUGGCUGCUGAAGCCGCCUGGGUUCAAGGAGGGCGAGAAGAAGAAGUGGCCGGUCCUGCUGGCGAUCCACGGUGGUCCGGAGGGUGCUUGGGAGGAUGCGUGGUCGAACAGAUGGAACUUGAACGUCUUCGCCCAGCAGGGAUAUGUCGUCGUUGCGAUCAAUCCGACUGGUUCUACUGGGUUUGGCCAAGCAUUCACCGAUGCCAUUGCGGAGGACUGGGGAGGAAAGCCGUUCGUUGACCUCCAGAAGGGCUGGAAGUACGUCCUUGACAACUAUCCUGAAGUUGACCCCGACCGUGCAGUCGCUGCCGGUGCCAGCUACGGCGGCUACGCUAUCAACUGGAUCCAAGGCCAUCCCGAGUUCGGCUUCAACUUCAAGGCGCUGGUCUGCCAUGACGGGGCGUUCGGCGCUCAGUACCACGGCUACUCCACUGACGAGCUCUUCUUCUUCAACUACGAGUGGGGAGGGCGCCCUUGGGAGCCUCGUGCACAGGAGGUGAUCAAGAAAUUCGACCCGAUCAACUUCGUGGACAAGUGGGAGACGCCAAUGCUCGUCAUUCACGGGAGCAAGGACUACCGCCUCCCCGAGACGGACGGGAUUGGCGCCUUCCAUGCCCUCCAACAGCGCGGCGUCCCUAGCCGAUUGGUCAUCUUCCCUGACGAGAACCACUGGGUGCUGAACCACCAAAACAGUCUGAAGUGGCACUACGAAGUCUUCCGGUGGCUUGGGAAGUAUUCGAGCAAAUGAGCGAACGAGGAAAGAGUAUAUCGGACGACUCUGUACAGCAGUUGAUUAUAUCACAUGCAUCUGUC